GCGGAACGGGCUGGCGGGUGCGGCGAGGCGGUUCCUUCGAGCGUGGUAGUUUGUUCCGUGAAGGGAGUGAGAACGGUUAGGCGCUCUCGGCCACCUUCCCUUCCCCGGGAGAUGUCCUUUGCUUCUCAGAUGUAAUGCACUUUAAGUUUGUUAUUCAACAGUGAAAAUGAGUCAUACAGAGGUUAAAUUAAAAAUACCUUUUGGAAAUAAAUUACUAGAUGCUGUUUGUUUGGUACCUAACAAGAGCUUAACAUAUGGAAUAAUUCUUACACAUGGAGCGUCAGGAGAUAUGAACCUUCCUCAUUUGAUGUCACUGGCAUCCCAUCUUGCAUCUCAUGGUUUUUUUUGUCUGAGAUUUACCUGUAAAGGCCUUAAUAUUGUACAUAGAAUUAAGGCAUAUAAAUCAGUUUUGAAUUACCUAAAGACCUCAGGAGAAUACAAACUGGCAGGUGUUUUCCUUGGUGGUCGUUCAAUGGGCUCAAGAGCUGCUGCUUCUGUAAUGUGCCAUAUUGAGCCAGAUGAUGCUGAUGAUUUUGUUCGAGGUCUCAUUUGUAUUUCUUACCCACUGCACCAUCCAAAGCAGCAACAUAAACUUAGAGAUGAAGAUCUCUAUCGUAUAAAAGAUCCUGUAUUGUUUGUGUCAGGCUCAGCAGAUGAAAUGUGUGAAAAGAACUUGUUGGAGAAAGUGGCACAGAAAAUGCAAGCUCCCAAUAAAAUCCACUGGAUUGAGAAGGCAAAUCAUUCCAUGGCAGUGAAAGGACGGUCAACAAAUGAUGUUUUCAAAGAAAUAAAUACACAGAUUUUGUUUUGGAUCCAAGAAAUCACUGAAAUGGACAAGAAAUAAUUGUAUUUAGCUAAAAGCUAUGUUAUUUUGAAUACAGAUACAGUUCAUUUGAUAAAGAACAUCACACCUCUCAGCAUUAUGAGAUAUUUCAGAUGAAUUUAAUGUUCUUUAAUGUUUCCCCCAUUUUUAAAACACGUUUUAAUUGUGGAAAUUAAGGUCCUUUAUAAAAUAUCAUUUGAAAGCACUGUUAUAGUUGUAUAAAGAUGAUGUACAAAUAUUGAAGGUGGUCUAAAUAUAAUUUAUUUUCAUUAAUAUAGUUAAGUUUUGAAAAAAAAUUAAACAUUUGAAUUUUGUUACAA